AUGGGUCAAGAAGAUGCCGUCUAUCUGGCUAAGCUCGCUGAGCAGGCUGAGCGCUACGAGGAGAUGGUUGAGAACAUGAAGAUUGUCGCCUCCGAGGACCGUGACCUGACAGUUGAGGAGCGCAACCUCCUGUCCGUUGCUUACAAGAAUGUUAUUGGCGCUCGCCGUGCCUCUUGGAGAAUAGUUACAUCUAUUGAGCAGAAGGAGGAGACCAAGGGCAACUCAUCCCAGGUUACCCUGAUCAAGGAGUACCGCCAGAAGAUCGAGAACGAGCUGGCUAAGAUCUGCGAGGAUAUCCUCGAGGUUCUUGACAAGCACUUGAUCCCCUCUGCAAAGUCUGGCGAAUCAAAGGUUUUCUACCACAAGAUGAAGGGUGACUACCACCGUUACCUUGCCGAGUUCGCCAUCGGCGACCGCCGCAAGGACUCCGCCGACAAGUCCCUCGAGGCCUACAAGGCUGCCACCGAGGUUGCCCAGACCGAUCUUCCUCCUACCCACCCCAUCCGCCUGGGUCUCGCCCUGAACUUCUCCGUGUUCUACUACGAAAUCCUCAAUGCUCCUGACCAGGCAUGCCAUCUGGCCAAGCAGGCUUUCGAUGAUGCUAUUGCCGAGCUUGACACCCUCAGCGAGGAGAGCUACAAGGACUCUACCCUUAUCAUGCAGCUGCUCCGUGACAACCUUACUCUCUGGACUUCUUCCGAGGCCGACAACACUGCUUCCGCCGAUGCCCCUGCCAAGGAAGAGGCCGCUCCCUCUACUGAGGCCGCUCCUGCUACUGAGGAGGCUCCUAAGCCUGCUGAGUAA